AUGCAACAGUUCCCGGAAUCUCGCGAAGGAAUCGAUGCCCUGUUGCUCGACUCGGCUCACGCGAAAGACUGCGCUAUCGAGAUAGUAGAGAAAUACGUUACUACCCGUUCCUCGUUAGAUUCAACACUGCCAACUCUCCAGCCUAGCCUCCAUCUGGACUUCGAUCGGAACCAGCCAGCCAGCAAUCCGUCAACACAGGACACGAAUCAGCUGCAAUUACUUCAGCAACAGGCAGACGCCGAGAAGGAAUCCUUUCUUGAAGCUCUAAAACUCUAUGAAGCCGAAGCCGACGAGAAGUACAAAACCGGAAUCAAUGUCGAAGACACAUACACAAUGAAACAGGUAUGGGAUGAGCUGGAUGAAGCUUUUGAGAAAUACCAAAAUAAAGGAACCAAAGGCGUUGCCGGGCGGGUCCGCGGGCUAGGAAGGAAAUUUGGCAAGCAUGGCGAGGCCGUCGAAGGAUGGCUCGGCUUGCUUCCGACACAGUCGCAGUAUCUCUCGGUGGUUCUCGGGGGCCUGAGGCUGAUUAUCAAGGCUUCCAGCAGAAUGAGAAGCAUUGCUGAUGAUAUCAUGGAUGCCAUCCAUGAGAUACCGCAUAUCUUUGACAACACCAAACGGGCGCAGGCCCUUUACCAGUCCGACAGUCUCAAGGCCAUCACCUGGGAGAUGUAUACCUCAAUGGUGACAGCUUUGGGGCAUAUUCUUGAGUACCUCCGCCGCAGCCUCCGCCGGAAGUUCUUCAAAGCCGGGCUACAACAGUCGAGCUUUGGAGCGGAACUGAGCGAGAAGAUCAUAGCAGUCAAAGAUUGCAAAGCUCGGUUUGACUCAGAAGCGGACAUGUGUGAAAAGGAGAUGGUGGGCCGCAUCGAUAACAGGAGCAAAGCUAUUGAGGAGGCCGUGAACGAGAGAAGCCACGAGAUUCUGACCAGUCUUGAUCACCUGGGCCACAUGGUGAUGGAGCUCCUACAUGGAAACCCAGCGGUGCCAGACCUCGCAUAUGAGCUACGUAAGCCCGCUGAUCCCACGUGCUUGAAGAUAUACGGACUGACCUUUUUGAAGGUAAACGGUUGGACACUCCCCCAAUCUCCACAGGAGUGCCACCGUCAGAGGAGCUUCGUCAUGCGUUGCUCUCAAGACUGA